CAAACGCAAACCCUCACCACUCUCUCCUCCGUCUCCCUCGCCGCCGGCGCCGCCGCCGCCGCCAUGCUCCGGCUGCGAAGCUCCAUCCUCGCCCAUCUCCUCUCUUCUUCUCCGGCCGCCUCUCCCGCAUCCCCUCUCCACCGCCUCAUAUCCGCCGCCGCGCCCGCCAUUCCCCCGAACCCUGGCAGCUUCGCCGUGGAGGAGUACCUCGUCUCCACCUGCGGCCUCACACAAGCGCAGGCCGUCAAGGCCUCCGCGAAGCUGUCCCACCUCAAGUCCCCCGCCAAGCCCGACGCCGUCCUCGCCUUCCUCGCCGGCCUCGGCCUCUCCGCCGCCGACGUCGCCACCCUCGUCGCCAGGGACCCGCGGUUCCUCUGCGCCGGCGUGGAGAGAGUCCUGGCCCCCAACGUCGCCGCGCUCACCGGCGCCGGGUUAUCGCGUUCCGACAUCGCGCGCGUCCUCUCGCUCGGCCGCCCCCAAUUCCGUCACAGAGCCAUGGCAUCCACUCUACACUACUACCUGCACCUCUUGGGCUCCCUUGACAACCUCCUCCGUGCGCUCAAGUAUGGAUCCCUUUUCUCCUCCGACGUCGAGCGCGUGGUCAAGCCCAAUGUCGCCCUCCUGCACGAGUGCGGGCUAGGUGCUUGUGAUAUUGCCAAGCUGUGCCUGUCUUCGCGAUGGCUGCUCAACACCAACCCGCAACGCCUCCAGGCGAUGGUGGUAUGCGCUGAAGGUCUAGGUGUGCCCCGUGGAUCUCGUAUGUUCAGACAGGCGUUGCAUGCUGUCGCAUUCCUCAGCCAGGACAAGAUUGCCGCCAAAUUGGAGUUCUUGAAGAACACUUUCAGAUGGUCGGAUGCUGAGGUGGGCACUGCUGUUUCCAAGGCGCCGACGGUACUGGAAUUGUCUAAGGCUCUGCUGCAGAGGAAGUCAGAGUUCCUCAUCUCUGAGGUGGGAUUGGAACCGGCAUACUUGGCUCAUCGGCCGGUAAUUCUUAAUUAUAGCAUGGAUGGCCGGCUAAGGCCCCGGUACUGCGUUGUGAAAUUUCUUAAGGAAAAUGCAUUGCUAGAUCGUGACCGGGACUACUAUUCUGCAGUCGUGCUGACCGAAAAGGUAUUCAUGGAGAAGUACAUAUGCCCUCACAAGGUAGCUGCACCACACCUCACUGAAGACUAUGCAGCCGCUUGCAGAGGGGAAGUGCCGACUAGAUUUAUAUUUUCAUGAACCAAAAACAGGCCAUGAAAGUUUGUAGCGGUGAAUGUCACAAUAAAGUUUUCACUCUGAGUCAUAAGCUGGUGAUUCUUGUUUUCA